AUGUCCGAGAUCUUCGGACUGAGCAAUUCUUCUGAAGAUUCCUCGUCUCACGCAAGUCCAUCCAACGAGAGGGGGCGUGGUGAUGGUGUUGAUGACCCUGUGCAUCACCACGAGAGGAUAAACUCGAGGGAUCGAGCUGCCACUCGUGUCAGUGUUCAUGCUGACACCAAUCAAGAGGGCAGGGACCGAAAUGUCCUGCGCCAAUCUCCUCAAGUGGAGUCUCCUUGGAUGCCUUCAUCCAAAGAGUUAGAUCGAGUGGCCGGUAUGACCACCGAAAAGGAUCGAAUCCCAUUAAUCGAUUGUAGGAGGAUUUGCCCUCCUAACUCCAGCACGGAAACUAUCCGUGCUGAGGAAAAGUUCUCCACCGAUAUGUUUUUCAAGCAUCUGUGGCACAACGGCAACCGUGGUCGAGACGGUAAGGCCUUGCUGCAAGGAUGGGAUGCCUUCAUCCAUAACAUCGAGUGCAUUGGCCGUGAGGCCUGGCUUGGCAAACUUGAUGCAGCUCUCAUCUGGUUUGAGAAGCGUAACCCAGUCGGUGUACGAUACAAGUUGCACCGACAGUCGAGAGAGGCAGGAUUACCCUGUCUCUCGUGGGGUUAUUCGUGUCCAGGUUGCCUGGACAACUCGAACCGCGCCCCUAGGGAGGCCUUCCUCCCUAACGAUCCCUACUGGAGGGCGCGCAUCUCUUCUGAGAUAGCCGAAGGGAUUGACACCUUGCAAUCCCUGUACUCGCGUUUGGGGAGGUCGUUUUCCGGUGGCCCUUCUUCGAACGCAGCGGGUGGGUCUCGUCAUAUUGAUCGAAGAGACCCAGAACAUCAGCGAUCAGCUGGGCACGAGGCUCCCAGCUAUCCUACGCCGGUGGAUAGCCGGUGGAUAGCCACGCCAGCGGACGAGGUAACUCGCCGGACGCCAUUCACGUUGUGGUGGUUCAAGAUACGCUCCACCAGAAAGCGUUGA